AUGCCCGAGAGCAGCGUCAACACCGAUCGUUGGUGGAAAUCCCCCAACCUUCGCCAGCUCAACUUGCUCCUCAUCAUUCCCAUGCUUUCAAUCUUUACCCAGGGAUUUGAUGGCAGCAUGAUGAACGGCUUGCAGUCGGUCGAGCCUUGGAGAGAAUACUUCGGCGAGCCCAAAGGCUCAACACUCGGCUUGUUCAAUGCCGCUUAUCCCAUGGGAGGUCUCGUUGCGAUCCCCUUUCUAUCCUUUGUCAGUGACACCUUUGGCAGACGAUCUGCCCUUGGUCUUGGAGCCUCCGUCUGCGUGAUUGGCGCUUCACUUCAGGCUGCGGCUCAGAACCUACCCAUGUUUGUCGUUUCCCGAGGUGUUCUUGGUUUCGGCGCCGUAUUUAUCGGUUCCUCUGGCGCCCCCUUGAUCACCGAACUCGCCCAUCCCGCCCACCGAGCCACUGCGACCGCACUGUUCAAUACGUCCUAUUCAUUGGGAUCUAUUGUUGCCGCUUGGGUUACUUUUGGUACAUUCCGCAUUGCAUCAAGCGCCGCCUGGCGAAUACCGUCUGGUAUCCAGGGCCUGCCGUCAGUCAUUCAGCUUCUUGGCUUAUGGUUCGUGCCUGAGAGUCCUCGUUGGCUCAUCUCCAAGGACAGGAAUGAGGAAGCUCUCCGAAUCUUAGCCAAAUAUCAUGCCGAAGGAAACGAAGAAGAUGCUCUUGUGCAAUUCGAGUACAACGAGAUCAUGAAUGCCCUUUCAUACGAGAGGAGUAUUGACCGUCAUAGUUGGGUUCAGAAUUAUCUCGAGUUUGUUCGCACCAAGGGUAACCGUAAGCGUCUCUUCAUCCUGCUCUGGUGCGCUUGUAUCAGUCAGAUGUCCGGAAACGCCUUUAUCUCGUAUUACCUUGCACCUGUCCUCACAUCCGUUGGUCUUACUACCAGUCUCAAGCAGACUCUUAUUAAUGCCACGCAACAAAUCCUUUCCUGGUUCUCGGCCCUAUACUUUGCUACCUUGCCCCAGAAGCUCGGUCGACGAACAUUAUUCCUGGCAUCCCUUUCAGCAAUCUUCGUCUGUCUAGUCAGUAUAACUACAGGAAGCGCCAUAUUUGCCAAGUACCAAAACAACAAAGCCGCAGGUGGCGCUGUUGUUGCGUUCCUAUACAUCUUUUCUCCAUCAUAUAACCUGGGACUUAACGGCAAUCUAGGUCUCUACAUCACAGAGAUUCUGCCAUUCAACCUCCGAAUGAGGGGCCAAGCGCUGUAUCAGUUGUUUGCUACCUGCUUCACCCUUCUCUCUACCUACGCCAUUCCCGUCGGCCUGGAUGAUCUGGCGUGGAAGCUGUACACUAUCUUUAUUCCUUGGGUCGUGAUCGAGUUCGCGGUGAUCUAUUUCGUGUUCCCAGAAACCAAGGGCCCGUCUCUGGAGGAAAUUGCCAUCAUUUUCGAUGGGAAGGACGCCGAUGCUUCCCCUGUGGGAAACAAAUUGGAUGAUGUCGAGCGCGCCGAGGUCGAACACAAGAUCUAA